AUGGCCCUCAUCGGAAUGGCUAAAUCGCUUGCGCUGGAGGGAGCAGCACACAAUAUCCUGGUCAAUACGGUAGCUACAACGGGCUUCACGGACGCAGUCCAGAAAAGCACCUCUGACAAAGGAACCCAAGCAUUCAUGGAAGCCAACUUACCCGCCUCCGAGCCGGCACCUACCGUUGUAUGGCUCGCCCAUAAGGACUCCAAUGUUAGCGGAGAGGUCUUUGGAGCUCAGGGCAGAGUCGUCACUCGGAUCUUCGUUGCAAACUCGCAUGGAUUCCAAGGUUCAUCCCAGGGAGAAUGGACCGUAGAGGGUUAA